GGGAGGGCUGGGGGUGGGGAGGGACCCGGCGGCGGCGACAGGGCGCGAGCGAGCGCGGUGCCAGGGGGUGGGGGCACCGGUGCCCGUCUGGGGAGGGCGCCGGCGGCGGGGGCCGCUGCGAUCGCAAGCAGGAGCCGCGAGGCCGAGGCCCGAGGGGUGCUGCAGCCCAGGCCCUCGCCAUGGAGUCCAUGUUUGAGGAUGACAUCAGUAUCCUGACCCAGGAAGCCCUGGGCCCGGGUGAGGUGUGGCUGGACGCUCCCGGUGACCCGUCGCUGGGGGGAGACAUGUGCUCCGCCUCCCACUUCGCCCUCAUCACGGCCUACGGCGACAUCAAGGAGCGUCUGGGGGGCCUGGAGCGGGAGAACGCCACCCUUCGGCACCGCCUCAAAGUUUAUGAGAUCAAGUACCCGCCGCUGAUCAACAACUUCGGAGAGGAGCACGGCUUCUCCCUGUAUGAGAUCAAGGAUGGCUCUCUGCUGGAGGUGGAGAAGGUCAGCCUGCAGCAGCGGCUCAACCAGUUCCAGCGUGAGUUGCAGAAGAACAAGGAGCAGGAAGAGCAGCUCGGGGAGAUGAUCCAGGCUUACGAGAAGCUCUGUGUGGAGAAGAACGACCUGGAGACAGAGCUUGGGGAGAUGCGGGCCCUGGUGGAGACCCACCUGCGGCAGAUCUGUGGUUUGGAGCAGCAGCUGCAGCAGCAGCGAGGCCUGCAGGACACGGCGUUCUCCAGCCUGAGCCCCCCGCCGGCCCCCGCCCCGCCCUGUGCGGACCUGGACCUGCACUACCUGACUCUGAGAGGGGGCUCUGGCUUGAGUCACGGCUGGCCGGGCCCCGCGCCGAGCGUGAGCGAGCUGGAGCGGCGGCGCCUGGAGGAGGCCCUGGAGGCCGCCCAGGGAGAGGCGCGGGGGGCUCAGCUCCGGGAGGAGCAGCUCCAGGCCCAGUGCGAGCGGCUGCAGGAGGAGCUGAAGCAGCUGCAGGAGACCCGGGCCCAGGACCUGGCCUCCAACCAGUCGGAGCGGGACAUGGCGUGGGUGAAAAGAGUCGGAGACGAUCAGGUGAACUUGGCGCUGGCUUACACGGAGCUGACGGAGGAGCUGGGCCGGCUGCGGGAGCUGAGCGCUCUGCAGGGCCGCAUCCUGCGGACGCUGCUGCAGGAGCAGGCCCGGAGCGGUGGCCAGAGGCACUCGCCGCUGUCGCAGCGCCACUCCCCGGGCCCGCAGUGCCCCUCGCCGUCGCCGCCCGCGCGAGCGGUGCCCCCGUGCCCCCCGUGCCAGUCCCCCGCCCCGCAGCGCCGCUCCCCGGGGCCCCCGUGCCCCUCGCCCCAGCAGCGCCUCUCGCCCGCCUCGCCCUCCUGCCCGUCGCCCGUCCCGCAGCGCCGGUCGCCGGUGCCGCCGUGCCAGUCCCCGGGCCCGCAGCGCCGCUCCCCGGGGCCCCCCGCCGGCCCGGCCCCGCCGCCCCGGCCGCCGCCGCCGCUGCCGCCGCCCGCGGAGCGCGCCUACGCCAAGCCGGGCAGCCAGCACGCCAAGGCCGGCUUCCAGGCCCGGCGCAGCUACUCCGAGCGGGCCGAGGGCGCCUACGCGGCCGCGCCGCCCUGGCUGCAGGCCGAGGCCGCCACGCUGCCCAAGCCGCGCGCCUACGGCGCCGCCGAGCUCUACGGGCCGGGCCGGCCGCUCAGCCCGCGGCGCGCCUUCGAGGGCCUCCGCCUGCGCUUCGAGAAGCAGCCGUCCGAGGAGGACGAGUGGUCCGCGCCGCCCAGCCCGCCCAGCCCCGAGGCGGGCGCCGUCCGCUGCUCCUCCUUCUGCGCCGGCUUCCCCGUCCCCGAGGCGCCCGCAGCCGCCGCCUAUGCCCACGCCGAGCACGCGCAGUCCUGGCCGUCCAUCAACCUGCUGAUGGAGACCGUGGGCUCCGACGUCCGCAGCUGCCCGCUCUGCCAGCUGGGCUUCCCGGUCGGGUACCCGGACGACGCCCUCAUCAAACACAUUGAUUCCCACCUGGAGAACAGCAAGAUCUAGGGUGUUCCCCCGCCCGCCCCCGUCACCCCCAGCACUCACUCACUUUGAAUGCUGCAUGAAUCUUGUGGGGGGGCCCCUGCCCCUGGCGACCCCCAGAUACCUCCACUAGCUACCGAGUGAACGUGUGUGCCAUCUUCCCAGGCCCAGGCACCGCUCAGCCCUGGCUCCUCCCAGGAGGCCAGUCAAGGCUCUCUCCCCAGCCCCCUGGCUUCCGAGGGGAGAUGGGGAUCUGGGCUGGGACGGGGAGGGGGUACCCGGCCAGCCUCUCCUCUGCCUUUCUGUUCUCCAACACAGUGGGAUCCAAGGAGACGUCUAGUGGCUGGGCCUGGGGAGUGGGAGGGCAUCCAAGGGCCCCGGGAGCUCCCUCGGCCCCUCCCCAGACAUCCGUCUUUCUCCGGCCGUGCUCUGCCCGAGGGGCACAGACCGAGGGGGGUUCCAGAGCCCGCCCUACACACGGAUGCCAGUUCCUCCAUCCCAUGGCCAGCUCAGGGCGCGUGGCCUGGGCCCCUGUUGGGGGGAAGGAGACACCUUGAUUCUUGCCACUCUCUGCAGGCCAGUCCCGUUCUCCCCCUCUGCCCACCCUGAGGAACAGGGAGGGUGGGAGAGGAGAGGGAGGACCGGGAGGACCCAGCCUAAAGAGGCUGCCCUGUGGGCUGGGGUCCCUGCACCAUGACCCUCAGGCCAGGGGACUGUCUGUGCCAGCCUUUUAGGCCCGUGCACCCCCUCCCGGGACCCCCAGCUCCGAGGCACGGGUGGUUACGACAGCUGUUCCCCUCCCUUCUCACCCCCCUUGAGCCCCUGGCACCCGUGUGUGGCUCAGGCUCUGCUAGCCGGGUGGGUGCCAUCAGCCCUGCCUCCCAGGCCAGAACCUAAGGAUGGGCCCAGGGUGCUGUGGAGAUCAAACACAAAAGAGCUAACCCCUUCCCCACUCCCCAGUGACCCACGUUCCCUCUGUGAAAUCUACCUCAGAGUUGUACCCUCAGAAGGACGGGUAAGCAGGAGGCCAGGGGUCCCGGGCUGAGGCGAGAGCUUCCCACCGCCAGAGCCUGCCACCCACGACGACUCCACCCCCGCUGCCAGCCUCUGCGGGUCCCGGCUGGGCCGGCUGCGGUGGCCGCUACUGUCAGUGCAUGUACCCUUCUGAUCCAACUCUUCCAGGCCCUCCCUCCUCCCCCGCCCCUCCCCCUGGGCGCAGGGGGGUGUCCGGCGGGGAAGGGGCCAAGGACCCCGGAGACACCUGGCAUUGCACCUCGGGUGUGCCCCCAGGGAGGGGAGAGGGGGACGGGACGGGGGGGGGGGAAUGCAGAGGGGAGGUGGGGGCCCCUGAGCCCUCUGAACAAGUUGAAAGUCCAAAUAAAACUUACCUGUUCCAUCUGC